UAGGGUUAUACUUUUAUACAGCAUUUUAAUGUUUAGUGAAUGCUAAACAGUGUCACACAACAUUGUACAUUUCAAAAACCUGAACAGCUUGAUUUUAUGAAACCUAAUAUGGUAAUUCUUGUGUGACCAUUUGUGUACUGUAUGCAUACAGAUUAGUACAGAAUGCUGAAAUGCUUCUCUUUUUUUUCCACUAUUAGCUCACAUUUGAUAUUUUGAGGGCAUAUUGUUACACAAGAAGUUAAAUAAAGUGUUCACUGGAUGUUUGGAAGGAAAUCGAUAGACAUGGCCAGUAGGCGGUGCUGUAAUAAAUCGUUAAAUGAAUAGAGCUAACCUUUUUACGGAAAAGGUCCGCUGUUACCUCCAUAUUGCAAUUUCUGUAGUUAACGUGACCUUUUCUGUGGUGCUCUAAAUUUCACAGGAAAUCACGGAAUGUGGGGGGAAAGAAUCAUAGGAAAAAGUAGCUAAAUAUUGUUUUGCUGUUGUGGCCUUCUGUUAACAAAAACAUCAACUAUAGUUCUAAAUAAUGAAAUGGGGAAAGCAAUGUUGACAAUUUUGUAUAAUGAACACUCACCAGCUCCUGGGAAGUGACGAGUAAGUAUGUCAAUAACGAUACUGUUCUAAUUGUAAAGUGUGCGCAGUAUUGGUCGCUAGAAUAGAACACUACACACAAUAGGAUGCAAAUAAAAUUGCUGAUCAAUUGGACUGUAUGUUCUUUUUGAUAAUGGUCUGUAUCUCUUAAAUAUGGUGUCAAGUAUUGCCCUACCUUCUAGAUUGAUAUUGUGUAGAACCCUGUCUAAUGGCCAGAAAAGCUACGUGAAUCAAUUACUUAAACGAGGAUGAUUUUUAUCUUAGCGUAGAAUUGCUUGAUGUGUUGUUUCGAGUAAGGUUUCGUUUUUUUUUCUUAAGCUGCUGUAGGAGGCUGGAUCUGACAGGAUAUGGAAAUGCAUUUAAUGCUCCCUUAAGUAGCCUAAUACUGAUUAACAUUCAAUUUACAUUAACAUGUUUUUAAAAAUCAGUGGAAGGUGGGGCUAAUGUUUGCAUAGCCAUGGCCUAUACGGUCAGUUUAUUAUUAACUCGCCUUUUAAAUAUUCCACAAGGUGGCCCUAACACAGUAAAAAUCCUUCCAUGUAUAGCCUAGAUGUGCCUUUUCCAUAUAUGUGGGCGUGCCCUCGUCUUUAGGAGAUUCCCCGAGAUUCCCAUUCCAUUCGGCCAGUAGCUUACAGAUACCCCGCGUUCGGACCUGGGAUGAUAUUAUCCUUUUGCCCUGCAAUAUGUCAUGCAUCGAUUGAAGAGAGACCACGGGGGUGUGAUGGUUCCAAAUAAGGUUGUAGUUUUUAAAUGGUCCGAAAAGGCUGGGGAAUUAGGUUUUAUGUGGAGCCUCAAUUAUUUGCAACAAUGUUUUAGAUACGUGCUCAGUAAAUAAGAACUGUCAUCAAUUCUUAAGAAGAGCCUGAUGCUAGAUACCUCGCGUUUACGGUGUCUGUUAUGGUGGAAGUUAAAUACCUUAUAUCCCAUCGAAAUGUAUCGUAGCUUUAGUCCAGAUUUACGUGGAUCCUAUAGUGCAAUUCAUACCUUGUUCAGCCACUGGUUGAGACACUCCUCAAUGGCAUGAUUUGAAUGAACUUUCAUAGCGUUCAGAGCUCAAUUUCAUACCUGCUUGUCUUUGGUCACAAAUACGCGUGCCCAUUCAUAAGAAAAAAUAUGGUGUAUUACAUAAACACAUUCAAACACAUUUUCUGAUAUAUAAGAGCGAUUUUAUUUAGAGGCGGCGCUUGUUGGCUCCAGAGUAGCGUCGUAACGACACUUUUUUCUAUCCCAGUAAAAAGAGUUUGACCAGGAACCGAGUUGUAGCUGGGGGUCGACUGGAUCUGGGGGGAUUUUAUUAGAUCAUGAACAAACUAUAUGUCGGGAAUUUGAGUCCUUCGGUCACCGUCGAGGACUUGAAGCAGCUCUUUGGCGAGAGGAAGCUUCCAGUGGCCGAUCAGGUCCUGCUCAAAUCCGGCUAUGCCUUUGUGGACUUCCCCGACCAAAACUGGGCCAUUAAAGCUAUUGAAACUCUAUCUGGAAAAGUUGAAUUACAUGGGAAGGUGAUUGAGGUAGACUACUCUGUUCCCAAAAAACUAAGGAGUCGGAAGAUUCAGAUCCGAAACAUCCCCCCUCAUCUUCAGUGGGAGGUUUUGGAUGGCCUUUUAGCACAGUAUGGUACGGUCGAGAACGUGGAACAAGUCAACACUGACACAGAAACAGCAGUGGUGAAUGUCACGUACGCAACAAAGGAAGAAGCAAAAGUAGCGAUCGAGAAGCUGACCGGACACCAGUUCGAGGACUACUCCUUCCACGUGUCCUACAUCAUGGACACUGACGCGGCGGCGGCGGCGGCGCUGCAGUCGCCACGCAUGCGGCGGGGUGGACGCUCGUCGCGGGAGCAGGACGGGUCCUCGCAGCCCGGCCCGUCGGGUGGCCUGCCGUCGCAGCGCUACAAGCAGCAGCACGACUUCCCCCUGCGCCUGCUGGUGCCCACGCAGUUUGUCGGUGCCAUCAUCGGCAAGGAGGGCCUCACCAUCAAGAAUGUCACCAAACAGACCCAAUCCAAGGUGGACAUCCACCGGAAGGAGAACGCCGGAGCAGCGGAGAAGCCCAUUACCAUCCACUCCACGCCCGAGGGCUGCUCAGCGGCCUGCCGCAUGAUCCUGGACAUCAUGCAGAAGGAGGCCAACGACACCAAGGUGACAGAGGAGAUCCCUCUGAAGAUCCUGGCUCACAACAGCCUGGUGGGGAGGCUCAUUGGGAAGGAGGGCAGGAACCUGAAGAAGAUUGAAGAGGAGACAGGGUCCAAGAUUACUAUCUCCUCAUUACAAGACUUAACCAUUUACAACCCUGAGCGGACCAUCACAGUGAAGGGCAACUUGGAGGCCUGCUGUAAGGCGGAGGUGGAGAUCAUGCGGAAGCUGAGGGAAGCCUAUGAAAACGACAUUGCUGCUAUAAACCAACAAACCAACUUGAUCCCGGGGCUAAAUCUCAACGCCCUGGGCAUCUUUUCCACCGGCCUUCCCAUGUUGCCUCACUCCGCUGGGCCUCGAGGAGUCCCCCCUGUGCCUCCUGGGGGGUACAGCCCUUUCCUGAGUCCCUCGUCACAUCUUAGUGGCUUAUAUGGAGUGCCUCCCGUGAGUGCCAUCGCCCACCAGCACACGUCAGCUCCAGAACAGGAGGUGGUCUACCUCUUUAUUCCAACUCAGGCUGUUGGGGCAAUUAUCGGCAAAAAGGGCCAGCACAUUAAACAACUCGCACGCUUCGCCGGAGCAUCCAUUAAGAUUGCGCCUGCAGAAAGCCCUGAUGUCACCCAGAGGAUGGUGAUUAUCACAGGACCCCCAGAAGCCCAGUUUAAGGCCCAGGGCAGGAUAUUUGGGAAGCUGAAGGAGGAGAACUUCUUCACGGCGAAAGAAGAGGUGAAGCUUGAGACCCAUAUCAAAGUGCCCUCAUCUGCUGCUGGCAGGGUCAUUGGCAAAGGUGGAAAAACGGUGAAUGAACUGCAGAACCUCACCAGCGCAGAGGUCAUCGUGCCUCGGGACCAAACACCUGACGAGAAUGACGAGGUCUUUGUCAAAAUCAGUGGGCAUUUCUUCGCUAGCCAGACUGCACAGAGGAAGAUCAGGGAGAUCAUCCAGCAGGUGAAGCAGCAGGAACACAAGCACCAGCAGGGGGGUCCCGUGCCACGCCACUCCAAGUGACCUGCAGCGCCGCCCCCAGCGGGCACCAGCCGAUGAAUGUAGCCCUCCCAACUUGAGAGAGAGAAUAAGCCAGAAGGAGAGAGAGAGAAGAGAAGAGGAAGAGGGGAACGAAUGGGACAGGCAGGGGCACACCAGCAACAACGGGAACAAAAAAAAACCAAAGAACUUCACAAGGGGGAAAAGGUGUGAGCCAAAGGCUAAAGGGGCUAAGUGGGCUGCCAGCCUAAGGGGGCUGUGGCUAACGUGGAGAGACCUGACUGUUCAAAAACUACCACACACACACACACACACACUCACACACACACACACACACAUACACAUACACACACACACACACAUACAGACACACAUACAGACACACUCUGCUCACACAUGUGCUAAAACAUUGACAAAGAAAAUGAUGAAAAAAAAUUACAAAAAAAUGUAUGGAAUGGAUUGGGUAUCUGUUGUGUUCACAAAUUUAAAAGCAGGAAGCAUCAUCACCCUGUACAACUUUAUCUCAUUUAGUUAGACUAACAUAGGCCUAACAACCAGACCAGACAGUAUGUACAUUCAUGCAUUGCGUUUGAGUUAGGUUUGGAGUAGACUUAGGGCAGGUGUGUUAUAGUGACUGAGAUGUUUUUUUUUAUUAUUAUUAUUUCAUCAACGGUUUUGAUGCUAAGAUUGCAAGUGUCAGUAUCAUUAGCAGUAUUAAUAAGCGUUAGAACAAAUAUACUGUUAUAUACUGAAAAGAUGUACUGUUAAUCUUGUUUAUACAUGAAGUAUAUAAGCACUUAUAUACAGACUGAUGUGUAUAUUUGUGUAUACAUAUAUAGUUGUAUGUAUAUAACAGUAUAUUUUUUCAUAGAUGAUAAAAGUCUUUUAAAAAAGAAACGUGGGAGGGGAAAGCUUCGGCAUACCUAGAAGGAAAAAGAGUUUGAUUCAUAUCUUUUACUUGUUUGCAUUUGAGAUCAUAUUUAAAGUGAAACAAAGAUACGCAAAAGCAUUGACAACCAUAGAGAAGAGAAAGAAAACGUAGUGGAUUGUUCGGAAUCCAUGUCAUUCAGCCUGUGUGUGCCAACAGGAGAGUUUAACAUCCCUGUGAAACUGUUCUUAGUUCUCAUAUCCGACGCUGGUUUCUUGUAUUUUGUCAUUGCUAACUUUUCUGUCCAUUCACUUAACUCUUUUUUUUUUACUCUUUUUGUGCUGUCUCAGUAUCAGCUGAGGUCUGUUGUUUUUCUCUUUUUUUUUCUUGCGUUGCGUCACAGUGAAAUUCCAUAUUGCCUGUGAGACUUUACCCUUUUUGACUUUCACAAAAUUGAAAUGACUGCCACGUCUCAGUUAAGAAGACACAAGAGAAAUCAUUACAGAGAACGUGAAACUCUAGGCCUAUAUAUAUAUACAUACACACAUUGAUCAUCCAUAUGAGGAGAGUGACCUAUCGUAUAGAUGUUUCGUGGCAGUUUGCUAGAGGGGCUGGAUGCAGAUAUCGGCUGUUGUGACGGCAUGUCGUCAUGUCUUCGGACAGGAGACAGAGUCUCAAACCGGGCCUGGAGUUUGUCUGUCCCCGUGUGUCUCGUCAUACACUAAGCGCCGAGGGAAGCCGUGCAGCACAAAAAAUGUGAUAUGGGGGUGGGGGGUGGUGGGAGGGGUUACGGGUGGGAGGAUGGGAUGGGGGGGUGGUGGGUGGUGGGAGGGAGGAUGAGAUGGGAUGAGCGUUGGAGUGUGGCAAAGGGGUGUUUUGGACGUUUUUUUGUGGAGAGAGCAUUAGUAUGACCUGUGGUACACAUACACACCACCACCCCCACCCCCCAUCCACCCACACACAUACACACACACACACACACACACACACACACACAGACACACGUACACAACAACAGCAUUUGGCUUUAAACCUCUUAGUCAGGGAGCUUCUUUAAGUGGCUUGACAGAUGUGAAUGUAAAUAUGUACCACCUGCAACUUGUGUUUUAGUGCAGUGGUUGGCCCAGCCAGAUUGAUUUUGUUUUUUUAUCUUGAUAUUUAAAAGUGUUAUAUCAUUUCAAAAACAAACAAACAAAAAAGAUCUCCGCUCUUUUAGGUUUUCCUGAACACCCAGGUACAGAUUUAUCCCUUUGUGCUUUCGUUUAUUUUCGUUUUUAUUUCGUUUUUAUUUGAUUCUAUGUGCGAGUGAAAGCUUGUGGCCUUAAUUGUCACCAAGUAAGUAGUCUCACCAUGGGUCUCCCUCUCCUCCCCUCCCUGCGAGCUACCAGCUGCAUCUUCCAGACGCAAGGUUAAUGCCAAUACGCACUGCUUCCUCCAUUGGUGUGUAUGCGUGCGUGUGUGUGUAUAUAUUAUAUAUAUAUAAAGAGAAAGAGAAAAUAUUUAUGGAUCUAUUUUUUUUUCUAUUUUGUGAUGAGAGCUAUAACUGAUUCGGUGGGACACUGCCAUAUUACUUUGAAGGGAAGUGUUUUAUUUUCUUGAGAAACUAAAAGAAAAAUAAAUAAAUGAAUAUGAAUAAUGACAGCAUAAUUCAACGCUAAUGGGGAGAACAACACAUGAAUCACCGCAUUACUUUGAUCAGGAUGUGAACAGUGCGCGUGUCGGUUUUAUGAUCUACCUCAGGCUUCAGGGUACCUCAGUCCAAUCUUUCAUUCCCCCCCUUCCCUCUUUUUAAAUCCCCCAAACCUCCCCUCCCCACAACAAAUAUUUUGUAUGCCUUGUGAAACUAGUUUUUUAAUUAGUAUUUUUUUUUUUCAUUUUUAAGAAUAAAA